AUGAGUACAGGAUUCAUGUACAACUUCCCAUUACCUGGCAGUAGAGGCGACAAGUCAAGUGUAUCGGUUGCCAUGAUAUUCCCGAUAUCGAGUUCGGAUGUGCAUCACUGUACGCAGUCUGGGCAUCAACAGUUCAGUCUGCAGGGGUUCGCCAGCCUUGGUGAUGAGACAACGGCGCUCAUCUCGUUCCCCGCACUAACCGUGGUCAGGGAUAGGGGACAGAUCCGAAGAGAUGAAGGAUGGAAGCAGAUGGAAGUGAGGCGGAGACUGGGGACGAAAGUGGAAGGAACAAUGUUGGCCAAAAGUUUUCCGUCAUCCUCGUGUUAUACCUCAACGUCAGGUGAAUGGAAUCUCCGGGCCUAUCAGCAUCGCCGCUCCUCAAUACAGGCUAACUCCAAUAGGGAACCACACCACACCGUAUCAAUGAUAACUCGUGGUAUUUCUCGAAGACCGUAG